CAGUAUUAACACCAAUAGCGACGACGACUCUGACUCCAAACACAACAACAACCAGAAACUAGUGGCGGCCAUGAUGUGUUAAAUUUAUUGAUUUCUGUAAAAUCUGAUGCAAUUGCGAUAGAUCCUGUUUGUUUUAAUCGACUGUUAAUGAGCUAAUGCUGUUUGCGUUUAACAAAGAUGCAUUGUGUCAGAGAUACAUGGUUUGAUUAACAAAUGUUACCACACACAUUAUGUGUGAAAUCCUGCUUUAAUUUGUUCAAUAUAAUGAAUCCAGACAAAAGGCCACAUUAGUUUCACGGACACACACGAAGAAGACCGUACGAACGUUACCGAAGUGAAGAAGUAUGAGGGGACUGACUGUAUCUGUUUUGCUGUUACUGGUGGCAUUUGCUAUUCCAGCCACACAAGGAGCGAAAUACUGCAAAUGUUCCAUCAUUGAUGCGCAUGCUCCAGGCAUUGUGAUUCACACCUUCGAAAGGUAUCGGGUGUGUGGCUGGCUCUGUGGAUGCAAGCGCGCGCUAAGGGAGUGCGUGCAGAACUGUCAGCGACGCGUCAAAGAAUGGUAUUGCUAUGGCAACUGCAACAACCGUCCCGGCGUGCAAAUCCGAGGUCGUUACGAGGUCGGAAACAACCGAAGGCCUACACGAUGCGGUGCGGCCAAUCUCGUGGACAUCCGAGUGUGCGGCUCGACCACCUGUUGUGGCGCAGGGAAAUAAACAGGAAAUUGUUUUGACUCUCGAAAUUAAUUUAAAUUAUUAAAAGUUCCUCCAUUAA